CCGGAGCUGUGCGUGUCGGGCAAGUCCUGCAAAACGGAUGUGACAAGUACUGGCGGUGGAUCGUCGGACACGACAUUGACAUCCUCGGGCAAGAAGAGUAGCAAGCUCCCUGCGAUUCUUGGUGGCACGAUUCCCGCUUUCUUCAUCUUCUGGAUUAUUGUUGGGGUCGCGAUUGUCCUACACCAGCAGCGUAAAAGAGCAGCUAUCGCUUCAAUGACUGCAGGGCAAACAGGAGGAGCGAACACGGGUAAUGGUGGACCGCAGGCAAUGGCAGACAAUGGCCAGAUGGGAGGGAAAUUAGGGCAAGUAGCAAUGAAUGAGUUCAGAGUCAACAUGGAGCAACAAGUGAGCAACGAAAUCAGCGAGUUGAUCCAUGAGCAAGUUCAAGACAAUGACAACCGUGGCAUCCGAAACAACUGAAUUUAAAUCCAUUUUUCUUUACCAGUUCAGUAAUAGUGCUCGUUCCAUUUUUUUCGUCAUUGUU